CCCCCGUGCAGGGCCGUGGAUUGGUCGGGGGAGCUGAGCCGCCCUGGGGCCGCCAGACCCCGCACUGCCCGAGCACGGCCCCGCGGCGACACCUCCUGGCGGUGGCGGCGAGAGCUGCACGUGGGGCGGGGGUUGGGUUGGGUUUUCCGGGGCUGCGAAGGCGGGGUCACGUGCCGGGGAGGGCGGGAGGACCCGCCAGGAGUCACGUGAGGCACGCAAGAUGGCGGCUCCCGCAGACGGCACCGACCUGGAGGCUUCGCUUCUAAGCUUCGAAAAGCUGGACCGCGCCUCCCCGGACCUGUGGCCCGAACAGCUGCCCGGGGUUGCCGAGUUCGCUGCCUCCUUCAAGAGCCCGAUAACAAGUUCUCCUCCUAAGUGGAUGGCUGAAUUAGAAAAUGAUGAUAUCGAUAUGUUAAAAGAGUUGGGGAGCCUCACAACAGCCAACCUGAUGGAAAAAGUUCGUGGCCUGCAGAACCUGGCUUAUCAGCUGGGACUGGAUGAAUCUAGAGAAAUGACUCGAGGGAAAUUCCUAAACAUCCUAGAGAAACCCAAAAAGUAGCUGCCUCAUCUGGAAUUUGGACAAAAAUACUCGCGACUCAACCAGUUAACGUGCUGUGGAUCCAUAUGAACCUCAGAACUUCUAAGAAGUGCAAGACUCUUGCUGUAUACCUCUAGAAGCAAACAUCUCUUUUUGCUUCCAUGGCUCAUCUUUUUACAGGGGAAGCUUAUUGCUGCACAGAUCACAAGGACUGCAGUUAAUUGCAUUGGAAUUUGGACUUCACAUGACCAUAAGAUGUCCAAGAGGACUCAGCCCUGCCAUGCUGUGGCAAAGUUAUCUGAAUUAAUCAGCUAUUCAGAAUGAACAGCCAUAGUGUCCUUAUUCAACUGCUCUCAGUGGCAGCACCUCUUUGAAAUACCCAGCAGAUCUGACACCAGUCAGUGCGCAUCAUCAGACAUUGGCCUUUUUGUGUGUCUUUUGCCGUAGAUGCAUUAAUUUCCUAUGAGCAACUUCUGUGCUGAAGGACUUGAGCAGAGUUUGGCAUGUGGGCUGAUUAGUAGCACAGGUUCAAUGGGGACGUGUGCUUUAGUGUAGAAGCUGAGUACACUCUGAGUAUUAGAUUCUACUUACUGCUUUCAGAGAAACAUGUCAGGUAUUCCAAUGAGGAUCUCCAGACCUUUGGUGUACCAGGACAUUCUCAGCACUAAAUAGUUCUCUAGUGAAAUCAAGACUGACAGACCAUAAGGGAGGAAGAGCUGUUACUAUAUCAUGAAGGAAACAGUUUCCCUACAGAAACAUGGUGCAGUACACAAAUAAACACCUGUGUCAGAC